CAGGAACGCUCUUUACCCUGGGAAACGGCACCGGAGACAUCGCUCCUGCACCCCGCUCCCGGAGCGAGCGGCUCCGGGGCGGCUCCCGGGCGGCCACCGCGUCGUGGGGACCAGGGCCGGCUGCUCUCCUGGCCCCCACCUGCCUCCGACGGGCAGGCCCGACGCCCCCGCUGCGGCCUUCCACACAGCGGCCCGGCCCGUUGCCAGGCAACCGCCGCCGCCUUGCCAGCGUGCGCAGCGCGACUUCCGCCGGGCUUGCGGCCGCCCCCGCCGCCAUCUUGUGCCGGGGUGAGCGGGCCAGCCAAGCGGCCGCCAUGGAGACAGAUGAUACAGGAAAUCGACUUCGGUUCCAGCUGGAGUUGGAGUUUGUUCAAUGUCUGGCAAAUCCAAAUUACCUCAACUUUCUUGCACAAAGAGGCUACUUCAAAGACAAAGCUUUUGUAAAUUAUCUUAAAUAUUUACUUUAUUGGAAAGAACCUGAAUAUGCAAAAUACCUAAAGUAUCCUCAAUGUUUGCAUAUGUUAGAGCUGCUCCAAUACGAACAUUUCCGCAAAGAAUUGGUAAAUGCUCAGUGUGCAAAAUUUAUCGAUGAGCAACAGAUUCUUCACUGGCAGCACUAUUCACGGAAAAGAAUGCGCCUCCAGCAAGCACUUGCGGAACAGCAGCAGCAAAACAACACCUCUGUAAAAUGAAAACCCUUGGAAGGGUGAUGAUAAGGUGCACUUUGUGUCCGCUGAAGUAUUUACAUAAGAAGGAACCCUUCUGUAGGUUUGGUGCUGGGGGUGUGUACAUUAGAUUUAUCGAGUGACUGUUUUUUUUCUUUUGUCAAAGUUUUUAAAGAUACAAGACUGAUAAACACCUACUUCCACAAUUUAUUUCGUAGCAUGGGCAAGCGUGGACAAUUACUUACCGUGGUUAUUGAUUCCUCUUGAUUUUGAAAACAAAACAUAGUUUUGAGGGCACUGAAAUUCAAGUAUCUAACACAAAGCGUAACUCAGAAGCCUCUUCUUAGAAGGCAUUUUCCCUGGAGAAUAAUGAUGCGUCUUAAAGCAUGGCUGCAGGAUGAGCAAAGUUCAAGUGAUGAUAUUGUGCAAAAAAUCUAAAUUGGGGAUUUUUGCCCUGAAACCAA